AAAACACAGCAGGUGUGAUUCUGUCGGGUCCAAGAUGCAACUCUCCUCCGUCGUCGCUUCUCCCGGGCGGCUGCUGCAGCUCUGCAUCAGCACCCUGUGCUGCAUUCUGACGAGCGCCUUUUCGAAGGUUCGCGGGUGGACGGCGGGAUCCUGCAAGGGGCCAGCCUCAGCUGUUCCGCCUGCGGACAGCGGGCUGGACGCAGGCGAAGCCCAGACCCCGACGAGCGUCAACUACCACUUUACGCGCAAGUGUAAUUACAAAUGCGGGUUCUGUUUCCACACUGCGAAAACUUCCUUCGUCCUGCCGCUGGAGGAAGCCAAGAAGGGCUUGAGGCUGCUGAAGGAAUCAGGCAUGGAGAAGAUCAAUUUCUCUGGUGGAGAGCCGUUUCUGCACGAGAAGGGAGACUUUCUGGGGAAGCUGGUUCAGUUCUGCAAACAGGACCUGCAGCUCCCGAGCGUCAGCAUUGUCAGCAACGGAAGCAUGAUUAAAGAGAGGUGGUUCCAGAAAUACGGCGACCAUCUGGACAUUCUGGCCAUCUCAUGUGACAGUUUCGACGAAGCGACCAACCAGCUGAUCGGCAGGGCUCAGGGCAGGAAGAGCCACCUCGACAACCUCUACAAGAUCCGCGACUGGUGCCAGCAGUACAAGGUGGCGUUCAAGCUCAACUCGGUCAUCAACACCUUCAACGUGGACGAGGACAUGACAGAGAGUGUCACCCAGCUCGGCCCGGUCCGCUGGAAGGUGUUCCAGUGUCUGCUGAUUGACGGGGAGAAUGCAGGAGAGGAGGCCCUGAGAGAGGCGGAGAGGUUCGUCAUCAGUGAGCAACAGUUCCAGGAGUUUCUGGACAGACACAGCAGCGUCUCCUGCCUUGUUCCAGAGUCCAAUGAGAAGAUGAGGAAUUCUUACCUGAUCCUGGAUGAAUAUAUGCGUUUCCUGGACUGCCGAGAGGGAAGGAAAGACCCGUCCAAGUCCAUCCUCGAUGUCGGCGUGAAGGAUGCCAUCCGCUUCAGUGGUUUCGACGAAAAGAUGUUUCUCAAGAGGGGAGGGAAAUAUGUGUGGAGCAAAGCUGACAUGAAGCUGGAGUGGUGAACACCAACGGCUUCAUUAUGCUUUCCCUUUUUGUGUGAUAGCACAGAGCUUUUGUACAAUAAGAGUGUUUUUCAUCAGUGUGUGUUGGUUACUUUUAUAACUUAAUAUAGUGCUUAACUAUUGACAUAAUAAUUUUAAUUUUAAGGGCAACAGUUUAAGAUAGAUACAUUUAAUUGUUUCCUUGCACUGAAUAUUUUUUGAGUAAAUAUUGUAUAUGAUAUAUUAUUUUAAUAAAAAA